GACAUAAAUAUUACCAAUUAAACUUUUGUACUAAAAUUUCACUGUAUUUCAUCAAAUUGUCAAUCUUACGAUAAAAAUGAUUCAAAUGAUUUUAUUAAAAUUGUUUAUAAUAUUUUAUAUAUGCUAUGGAACAUAUGGUGAUUUUGAAAAGGACUUAGAUAAAGCAUGGUCCGAAUUUGAUAAACAUUUAAAACAUGAUCACUCACAGUUUAUGGGUUACUAUGAAGGAAUGGGACAUGAUAUGGACAUGCAUUCUAAAAUAAAAAGACAAUAUUUAUCUUCAAUAAAUAGUAUUAGAAAUUGGCAUGGUGUAGAACCUCUUAAACAAAAUAAUGAAUUGGAUGUUUUUGCACAGUCAUAUGCAAAUUAUAUUGCCAGGACAGGUCAAUGUGAUAACGGUCCAUUCAAUUCAGUUUUUGGAUUAUUAUUCUCAUCUCGUCCAGUUUCUAAUGAUGUAGGAAAAAAAGUACCUUAUGAAAUAUAUAAAUUUGUUGAUGAUGAUAAACCUUUUGAUUUUGAAGCUAAUGAGGAUGAAAUGAUUAAAAAUGUGAUAUAUUCUUGGCAGUAUCAACAUGCAACUUCUAUAAUUUGGAAAAGAUCCAUUAACAUAGGAAUUGGUGUAGCAAGAACAAAUGAAGUUGCAAUUAAAGAUAAAAUGGUAGAUGGACCAUUUUAUGUUAUUGUAGCAAUGAUACAUCCGAAGCCACAUGUAUUGGGAAAAUAUAAAGAAAAUAUAACACCUAGAAAUCUUGAUAUCAUGAAACAUGAUGGUUAUUUCGAUUUUCUUAAAGAAGAAAAAAAACGCGACAAAAAUGUAAUUAAAUACAAACUGCAGUCAUAUGUCAAAAAACUUACGGGAUCUUCUUCUAAAAGAAAUGUCAGCCUUGAAAAAAAAGAGGAUUAAACGUUCAAUAGAUUCUUACUUUGUUUUUGAUGAUUAUGCUGUUGAAAAUAGUGUUUAAUUAUAACUAAAUUAAUAUUUAUGAAAAAUUGUCCAUAUCAUUAUUAUUAUUUGUACGACUUAAAUUUAGAAUUCUUAAUUUAUAUAUUAAUGAUUCUUUAAAAAACAUUCAAAACACUUAUGAAAUCGUUAUUUAUAUAUGGAUGCACUCUUUUAAUAAAUGUAUGUUAUUAAACAUCAUGCGUAAUAAAACAUUUAGUCACAA